AGCAAUUCAAAUUCAAAAACUAUUUCCUACCGAAUACGUCAACAUGCCUUCAACAACAGGAACCAAAUCCGUGGGUGGUAGAGGAAAAACUCAAAAUGCUUCAAAAUCCGUCUCCAGAUCUCAAAAGGCGGGUCUCCAGUUCCCCGUCGGUCGAGUUGCUAGGUUUUUGAAAAAGGGUCGUUAUGCUCAGCGAGUUGGCUCCGGUUCACCGGUUUAUCUCUCAGCGGUUCUUGAGUACCUUACUGCUGAGUUGUUGGAACUUGCUGGGAAUGCUGCGAGAGAUAACAAGAAGAACAGGAUUGUUCCUAGGCAUAUACAACUAGCUGUGAGAAACGAUGAGGAAUUGAGCAGGUUGUUGGGAUCUGCUACCAUUGCUAAUGGUGGUGUUUUGCCCAAUAUUCACCAGAAUUUACUUCCUAAGAAGAUUGGCAAAGGAAAAGCUGAAGUGGGUUCCGCUUCACAGGAAUUUUAGAUCUCUAGGUGUUGUAUUAGGUGAUUGGGUAGUGAACUUUUAUUUGUUCAUAAUGUUUAUGUGAAUGACAAGUUUGUAUCCUCAUCCUAUUAAGUUGACGUGUGUAGAAUAUAAUGAAGAAAAAAUUAAUGGGUUUUGUUUUAAUUGUUACAAGACCUGUUUUCAGUUU